AUCGAGCCCGAUCAAUAUUUUAAGUGGAACAACUUCAGAACUUGACUGAGGAAAUCGAGAAUGGCAGGGAAAAGUGCAUUGGGACAAAUAUUUAAAAGGUUUAGUAACUUAAGGUUGGCAGGAAAUAUACAGGGUGCCACCUUAGUACAGGGGAGAAAGCAAUAUGGAACAAACACAGACGAAAAGGAAUAUGCAUUUGAAAUGGCAUGUUCCAACAUAAGAUAUGGGGAAGGGGUUACACAAGAAAUUGGAAUGGACUGCAAGAACCUAGGAGGUAGAAAUAUUUGUGUGAUGACAGACAGUACUCUGGUUAAGUUGCCCCCAGUCCAGGUAGUCUGUGAUGCCCUGGAAAAGGCAGGACUGAAGUACAGUGUGUAUGAUAAAUGUAGAGUGGAACCCAGCGAUCAAAGUUUCAAAGCUGCCAUUGAUUUUGCCACUAAGGGUGAGUUUGAUGUCUUUGUGGCUGUUGGAGGGGGCUCAGUGAUGGACACCUGUAAAGCUGCCAAUCUUUACUCUUCCAACGCAAAGGCAGAGUUUUUGGACUACGUUAAUGCCCCCAUAGGAAAGGGACUGCCUGUUACACACAAACUCAAACCACUGAUUGCCGUAACAACUACAGCCGGAACAGGAAGUGAGACGACAGGAACAGCUGUGUUCGACUUAAAGCACAUGAAAGCCAAAACUGGUAUCUCAAAUCGGGAGAUUCGUCCCACACUGGGUAUUGUUGAUCCCCUUCAUCUCAGAAGUAUGCCAGAGAGGGUCGCUGCUUACAGUGGAAUCGAUGUCUUGUGCCAUGCCAUUGAAUCGUACACCGCACUGCCAUACUACGAUAGGGCCCCUCGACCCACCAAUCCAAACAUGCGCCCCGCCUACCAGGGCUAUAACCCAGUCAGUGAUAUCUGGUCCAGGCAUGCUCUGGAAAUCACCAACAAAUACAUCAGAAGGGCAGUCUAUGAUGCUAGUGAUGAUGAGGCAAGAUCUAUCAUGCACUUAGCCAGUUGUUAUGCAGGAAUAGGAUUCGGAAAUGCUGGAUGUCAUUUGUGCCAUGCUAUGUCGUACCCUAUCUCGGGUCUAGUCAGAGAAUUCAUGUCCAAGGGCUAUGAUGACGAUCAUCCUAUGGUUCCCCACGGCCUGUCCGUCAUCGUCACUGCCCCUGCGGUGUUUGAGUUCACAGCCUCUGCCUGUCCAGAGCGCCACUUACAAGCUGCCUCUUUUCUGGGGGUAGACAUAACAAACAAGAAGGUCGAGGACGCGGGUCCGAUUCUGGGGGAUCGCCUCCGACUGAUUAUGCAGGACCUGGAGGUUCCCGACGGUCUGACCAGCCUGGGAUAUACCAAGGACGACAUCCCCAACCUGGUCAAAGGCACCAUGCCACAGCACCGUUUGACCAAACUGUCCCCCAAAGCAAUAGAUGAGGAGGUUAUCACGGGAAUACUGGAGAAAUCUUUGAAAAACUACUAAGGAAUGGCCUUGUCCAUACUUGUGGACACUUCAAUAGGAUUGAGAUUGAAGAGAAGCAAUCCCCCAUAGAUGCAAUUCAUGCUCUAUUAUCAAAGAAACAAUCAAUUUUGGCAAUCUAUUUUGAAUGAAGUAAUUUGUAAUACGCGGUACAAUUCACAGUAUUAAUUGUUUUGUCAUUAUGUGUGAAACUUUUUUUUAGCUCUUUUGAUAACUAGUGCCCACUUUUUUUUAUAAAUGGCGCAAAUAAGAUUAUAAAUCAAAUGGCAAUUUUAUAUUUUUGCAAUUUCUGAUGAAUUGAUAGCUCAAUUAACUCUUUUGAAAUAUAAUACUGAUAGAUUGAGCAAACAUAUCAUUCUGAAGAAAAAUUAAGUAAUAUAGAGUAUUUAUUUUGGAAAAAUUGUCAAAAAAAGAAAACUAUUAGAUAUCAUUUUGAUUAGAUAUUAUGCAUGGUAUAUAAAGUGCUUCAAUUGUAUAGAAAGUUGCAUAUUCUGUUGAAUAUGUAUUAAUGCACAUUUAACAGAAUGCUAUGCAUUUGCCACGCUUAUUUUGUGGAUUAUAUCAUAUAUAAAGAAGAAAUAUCAAAAUACCAAUUAUAUCUAUUUGUUGAUUUACUUGUUUGAUUAGGUUGUAUUAUGCAUUUAUUAAUAUAUAUCUGUCUUGAACAAGAUAUGUUUACUUCUAUUUUAAUGUACAUACUGUAUAUCCACAAAUUUCUCCUUAUUUUCAGGGCCAUUUAAUAAUCACUACAAAAUAAACAUUCAUAAAUCAUAUUUUAUAACUGUGGCAAGUUAUUUUGUACCAUGUAAAACUGAAUAGCAUGUGAUCGUUCAUGAGUAAAUCUUGUUAAUAAAAAGGUUUUCCAUGUAUUUCAUGUUUGCAAAAUUUGCAGCACACAAAAAAAACAAACAAAUGGAUAUACAGUAUAGUUUUUGUUUUAUAGAUGUAUAUGUGUGUAGAGAAAAUUAAGAUACUAUUUGUUUCAUAUAUUGGAACAGUAUAUUGCUAUUCAUUUAGUCAAAAUGACUAAGAUUUAUCAUAGCUUUUAUCAAAAUGAAUCUAUCAAUUAUUGCUUUUUAAAUUUGUAGUGGUUAUCAUUUUUGUUUUUUAAAUGGCCCAGGGUAUAAUCAAUUAUAUGUGAUUCAUCUAGUCUGUAUUUUUAUACCAGUAAUUUGUACAAUAAAUCUAAGCAACUAACUAAU